UAAUAAAUACAAUAACAUGAUAAAUACUAGAAAUACAAUAAUAAGUUGCAAGCCUCAAAUUCAACAAAGGAUAUACUACAGUAAUAAUACUACAGUACAUUCACACAUCUCUCCUCAGUCUCAUGAGCACAAGCUGACAUAGAGGUGCGGCUUUUAUAAGCCAUGUUAUGAUUUUAACAUCUUUAGUGUAAAACUGAAAUUCAAUGAUAAUUCUGGUUUAUUACAAGUUGAGUCUGUUUUUUUGUAGUUUUGCGCACCGUUCUGAUCGGUUAAAAUAACACUGUACGUGCCGUGUAGUUGAGUAAUGAGAUCUGUGAAUGUGGCACAAUCAUAGGAACAUGAGCAUUCAAACAGCUUAACUUCAAUUACUUGGCAGAGAAGGCAAAUGGUAGUGGCUGUUUGGUAAAUACAGUGCUUUCCUUUCCAAUAGAUCUACUACAAAAAUGUCUGACAUUUAUUUUAUAGAAGACAAAUAGCUAAAUGAAAAACAGUGUGAGAGAGUUCUUGUUAGAAAACAUGUCUUACAAACAUGUCAUAUUGUUGUGCAUGUAUGUGUUGGUCUCAGCACACACUGUGAUGCUGGCGCCGCACCCUGCUAACAACCACAUGUCCGUGUCAGUGCCUCUGAUGAGCUAAUCUAGUGGUCAGCGUGGUGACGAGCGCCCCGGCUGAGAGAUGGCCUUCUUCAAGAGCUUCCAGCAGACCCUCCCAUCUGUCAACAUUUCCUCCAUCCUGGACUCGGUCACCAGCCGCGUGGACGACUUGGCCAACGCCGUCAGCGAUGUCACUUACGCUGUCAGCGACCAGCUGACUGAGCAGGUCACCACUAUCAUCAACAAGGUGCAAGAGGAGGAAGAUGGGGAAAACAACAGCAGCGGGCAGGGGUCUGGUCAGGCUGCCACAGCACAGGAAGGAAAGGCCAGCAGCAUGUGGCAAAUGUCCAGAGACUCUGAAACAGGUAACACGGUUUCCAAAAACAACCAAACCGGUGAUUCAGCAGAGGCAGAGUGCACUCAGAGCCAGCUGGAGUGGGAAUGGAGGGACGGGUGCUGGCGAGUUAAAAAGACAGAAGCUGAGUUAGCAGAGGAAGAGAAGAGGAAGAAAGAGGAGCAGGAACUUCAGGAAAAGAGAGAGCAGAGGAGAAAAGAAAGGAGGGAGAAGCAGCUGGAGAAAGAAGCCAAAUCUCAGAGAAAGAAAGAGGAAUCCCAAGAGGGAGAGCGAGAGGAGGAAGCUGAUGAGAAGAGAGACGACAGCAGAGGACAAGCCAGAAAGGCGAGCGACAGUGGAGACCAAUCAGCUGCGCAGCACAGAAGCGAUGACUGUGAUGAAGCUCCUCAUUCACCUGGCCCCGACACUGAAAGCAGGAUAUCAAAACAGAAGAAGAAAAAAGAAGAGGGAGAAGAGGAGGAAGAGAAGGAGAACAGCGCGGAGAGAGAGGGAGACGACGAGGAAGAGGCUGAGCUUUCCAGAAAGUCUUCAACAGUGAAAAAGAAAAAGUCAGACAAGAAGAAGACAAAAGGCGCAAAAGAGGAUUCAAAGAAAUCAGAAAAAGCCUCAGAUGUGGCCAAAAAGAAGGAGAAAGGCAAGAAGAGCAAGAAGAAAAAGAAAGGCAACCAAGAGGGAGUUUUAUCAGACAGCGAGGAGGACAGAGGCCCUGAGGCCGUGGCCCAGCAGGACACAACCUCUGUGUGGAGCAGCAAACGCAAAGGGUCCACUGAGCAGGGAGGAUACAGCAGUGAGGCCUCCAGUGAACAAGGUGGGAACAUGCUCAU